AAUGGUGGGGUGAGGUGGGAGUUAGGGGUGACUGAGAUUUUGAUCUUCCAGUGUAUUUGUUGUGUGUUAAUAUUUUAUUUAUUUUUGUUAUUAAUACUGGUCUGGUAAUACCUGUCCGUGUCUUUUAGUGGUUAAGAUGAAUGAGUCAACAUCUCAAGAGGAACCCAAACAUGCUCAGGAAAACGGAAAAGAAAACAAUGAAAAGAAACAGGACUCAAAUGAAGUGAAAGAAGAGCUUAAUAAGAAUUCACAAAUUGUACAAGAUGUUUCUGUAAUAGAGACCAGCAACAAUGAGGUGGAAAAAGCAACGGAUGAAGAGAUGAAUGAAAUCCAGUCUCAAGAAAUGAACCUGGAGGGACAGCCAAACGUCUCAUCUGGUUUGACAAUGGACUCUAAACUCUUACAGAAUGUUGUAGUUAGAAAACCUGCAAAAGUCAUUUUUGCUUUAGAUAAAUCUGAACUGAAAUCAAAGCUAGAACAACCAUGGAAGAAAAAUCUUUUUGAAAGAGUGGAGGCAAGAGCCCAAGCAAUGCAGCAGAAAAUAAUAGCUAAGGAUCACCUAAAGAAGGAAUUAGAAAAAAAGGCUGAAAAAAGAAUUCCUAGGGAUAAUUUGGCUAAAGAGUGGUUUAAUACAGAAAGCAUGACACUGAGUACUCGUGCAUAUUUGCUUGACAAGCUUCUACCCACCUUAGUUCCUGGAGUGGAAAACAUGUUAGCGCAAGUGGAAAAGAAGAAGCUUUUGACAGAAGCUGAUAUUCCAACCAAGUUUGAUCCAAUUAAUCAUUUGGGGGAAUAUUUAAUGAGAAACAAUCCUGGUUAUAUCAAACACCCAGGGAUGUCUGGUUACCAGAGGGUGAUGAAAGAGGUCACAGAAGACCUGAAGAUAUAUGUUCCCGACACUAUCUCCAACAGAGUAUCCAAGAUGAAGGAGAGUGUUAAACAGCGAAGAGAACGAAGAGAAAGCAUAAAAAAAGUGAAGGAACAGGUUGCCAACACUCGGAAACAGGCUCUGAAGGAGCAAUUCGAUGAAUGGAUUCUAGACACCAAAGGAAAAAUUCCUAUGGUAGUGAUUCAGAAUGCUCUUCAUGAAUUUUUUCAAAAUCCAGAUUUUGAUCCUGAAUUACAAUGCAAACAAUUGGAUAUUAUUGACUCAACAGAACCAAGAUUGGACAAAAUGGCAUUUACAGAAUACAUCUGUUCGCAUGUUACAGACUUUAAAAAUGAAAUGUUUGAGAAACUCCUUAAGCACCUUUGCCACUGUGCAGAUGAAUUCCGGGAAGUCAUAAAAAUUGACAUGCAGAGGCAGAUGUUUGCCGAACUCUUCGUACAUUGUGACUGUGUAAAGGCAGGGGUUUUGAAUCGGCAGAGGACAUUGGCUUUGCUGGAAAUGUUCUAUGACCAAAGUUCACAAACGAUUAGAAGUUUACUCCGAAACCCAAGACAAUGGCCAUUCAUUGAAUUUGAAGAGAUAGACUUGCCCGAGUUCUGGGGAGACAUGGAUAAUCAGAAACACAUUUAUGAAGAUUUUGACAAAGUGGCCUUGGAGGUGAAUACAUUACUUGCUGAAAAACACGCUAGUAAAUCCCGAAGUAAAUUAUUGCAAAAUCCAGAAGAUCAACAAAAACAGGACGAACAGAGAAUAUCAACACCGCCAUCAACCCCACCAAAAGAGCAGGGAGAGACAGCUGCAGAACAAAGACCACGUAGAAGUUCAAGUGAAGAACAAGACAAAGAGUCAACUGCAGAACAAGAACUGUACACCAAAUUAGUAACAGAACAAGGCAUCCGCACAGGGUCAAUUCCAAAACAAGCACCAAGUGGAGAGUUAAUAAUAGAACAAGAACAACACGCCAGGUCAACUACAGAACAAGGAUCACGCAGGGAGUCAAUGACAGAACAAGGGUCACGCAGGGAGUCAAUGACAGAACAAGGGUCACGCAGGGAGUCAAUGACAGAACAAGGGUCGCGCAGGGAGUCAAUGACAGAACAAGGGUCUCGCAGGGAGUCAAUGACAGAACAAGGGUCUCGCAGGGAGUCAAUGACAGAACAAGGGUCGCGCAGGGAGUCAAUGACAGAACAAGGGUCUCGCAGGGAGUCAAUGACAGAACAAGGGUCUCGCAGGGAGUCAAUGACAGAACAAGGGUCUCGCAGGGAGUCAAUGACAGAACAAGGGUCGCGCAGGGAGUCGACAGAACAAGGGUCACGCAAGGAGUCAAUGACAGAACAAGGACUUGCAGAACAUGGCUCACAUGGAAAGUCAAUAGGAGAAGAACCAUAUGAACGAUCAGAAGAAAAUCUUCAUGGAGAGACAAAUUCAAAAGAACAGCAGGGCAUGGAGUCAACUUCACCACCAAUAACAGAGAGUAUAUUAAAUGAAAGUACAAAACCUGGGGAGCCUACUCCCUCUCAGUAUGUUGAAAUCCCUCUACAAGAAGGGAGGUCUCCGGAGCAAGCGAAUGAAGAGGGAGUUCUGACAUCAAGUAGAAAAGUUAGUCAUUCAGAAACUGCAAAAAAGGACAAAUCCUGUGAACCCAAGUCCUCAAGAAUAGAAGGACAGUCAUGGUCAGGUGAAUUUUUUACUUGUAACUGGAAAAUAAAUGCCAAAUUUGAAGAUGAGAAACAGGCAAGCAUAAUCUAUGAGGACGACAGGUUCAAAGACCUACAGUCAAUUAUCAGAAAUAUUCAAUCUUACAAGGAAAUAAAAGGUAGGAGUGCCUUCAGUAGAGUUUCCUUCAAUCUGUACCAGUUUGUACAACUCCUGGAGACAUUUGUUGGUGAAGAUGUGCCCUUGAGUGUCAGCGAGGCCCUCACCUCCUUUUUUAAGAAGGGCUAUGUUGAAACAAAAGAAGAGAAACUGAAUGCCUUAGAACAGAUUAGACAAAAUGCUUUCCAAGCCAGGCGGGGGAUUCUCCUAGAAGCCCUCUUUCAGAAGUGGGACAGUGAUAGCUCAGGUUUACUGGAUCUGAAUGAAGUUGAUGAACUGUUGUAUACAUACAAGGAUGGAAUGGAAAAAGAAUCUAUGAAGAAAGCUAAACUACACAUCCAAUUUCCAAAGCCACGCUCUGGUCACGAAAUAAGGUUGUCUUCGAAACAGUUUCAGAAAUACAUAGAAUUGGUUGUAUCUGAACUCAGGGGCAAUGAAGAUGAAGUUCUGGAAAGUGUAGUGGAGUUUCUGACGAAUAGUCUACACAGGAGCCAUGUUGAUAAUCUGAGGAAUAGUGCCAGACGAAAAUGGCUACACCGGAUCCAAUGUGCAGCACAGACAAGUGGAGUGUCCCUCGAGCCAGUGUAUACAGAGACCUUUAAGGCCCUCACCCAGGAUGCUGAAACCCAUGGAAAUAAGAAGAUCAGUGCUCAUAUUUCCCUCUUAGAAGAAAACUUACUACUGCCUAACAGAGGAAAUGCUCUAUUGAGAAACGUGGCUUGUACCUUAGAUGAUGCUCCAUGGGUACUGAACAGAGUGCUCUACAGAGACAUGAAGGGAAUCAGCUUUACAGUAGUGGAUGAAGGAGAGCCAAUUCACGUCCCCCAAGUUCAGCACCAUGGGAACAUCUUCUUCUGGAACCAUUCCCGUCCUGAGAAUGAUAAUAAUGGGUCAUUCCUGGCUCUGCCUCUUCAGGAUGCACACAUGAGGAUCUUUGGGGUCUUAGCUGUUGACACCCUUAGAGAUCCCCAUGAAAUAAACAUCUUCCUACCUCAUGAGAUCAGAUUCUAUCAGGGUGUUUCCAAUGUCUUUAGCACGGCCUACCACUUCGUCCACAGCCGGGAGCACAUUCUACACGUCGUGAUCACUGGCAUCGGCUGGCUCUAUAACAUCACAUCCAGCAUCACCUCCAUCACCACUUACUUUGUAGAGCCCAGCCUGAACCAGGAUUCAGACUACAUUUUACGCAAUAUGAUGGUUACAGGGGAGCUGGGUCUAACAGAAAUCCACAAAAAUCCCCCUAUCAUUUUCAGGAAGUCAUGCAUCUUCAGAGAUUUCCUCUUCAAGUGUACAGACAGUUCAGAAGUUGUUUUGGCCUCUGUCUGUGGAGAAACCCACUUAGUAAUUCCACUUCGUGAGAGAACAGGAGAGGCUCUGGGAGUCCUGGAUUUUAACAUUGGCAAGAAUAGAAUGUUGUUAUACCAGGAAUAUAAAGAUCUACAGAAAAUGAUGAAGGUGAUCCAAGCUGCCUGCUAUGAAAUACUUGGCGAACUCUCUGGAGAGAUACAGAAAAACUAUGUCUUAGAGAUCGAAAGUGUAGGGGAAGUCCAGCGGGCAGGAAUUAUCUUCUUCCGAAUCAUGCUGCAGGAGCUGCAGGAAAGCCUCCAGCUGCUCAAAUCUGGGGACUUUGUGACACUGUUGCUCUAUGAUCAUAAUCUUCUAGCAGAGACAACUUCUCCUCAAGACAGCAAGUACCUGGAGUUGAAAGCCAAUGUAAACCUAGUGCAUGACAUCUUGAAGGCAGUUAUCUUGUUCUUUAAUCCAGAUCUGGAAUUCUCAAGUGAAUUUGAAAAUUGGGAGAAGUGUAGAUUUUAUGUUAACAGAAGUUUAAUCGAAAAUAUCUGUGCCUUUGAUCCAACUGCUAAGCAUGUGGAAGUUAAUUUACAGCUUGUUGAUGAAUUUAUCAGAGAUCAUUCCCGAAUGGAAGUAUGGAAAUUUGGUAAUAAUAUCAUUGAAUACCUAUACCACUGGCUACACAUCUGUUCAGCUCUCAUGAAGAUAAACAAAAAUGUAAAUACUGCUAUUACACCUCCGCUACCCUCCAAAACUGACAGCUGUAUGUAUGUAAAAAUGCCAGGGGAAAAUUUGCAAGGGAAAUGAUAAUGGAGUUGGUACUAUAUUUAGGAUAUUGGUCAUGUUCAGUUUUGUUUGUUAACUACAAAAUAUUUUCAUUUGGAAAGGAGUGUUUUAAAACACAUAUUCUGCUCCUAGACAUUUACCUCAGCACCUAAAACCAAAAGUGCUACCUAAGGAAAAAUUUUAUCUAAAAAAUAUCCACCUAAGGUAGCCAUAGCUAAAUAUAUUAAAGUAUGUCAUAGAAUAUAUUUGAAAAUAUCCUUUUAGUUUGAGCUUUGUAUCUGUAGUGGGACUGCUAUGGUUGAUUAGUUAUUUUUCAUCACUUUGAACUCUCAAAGUGAAAAUGCAGUUUUUACACCAAAAGAAUACCAGAUAAUAAAGAUUUUAAGAAAUAGACUGAGAAUUGUUUUUCUAAGUUUUCAAAGACUUAUCUGAACACCGCCCCCUCCCUCUCCCUGUUUCCACCUCCUUGCCUUAACAACUUAAAGUCACUUUAAUGAACAAAAGUUUUUGUGGGAAAAUGUUUGUGGCUCAUGGAAAAAGGAAAACACCAUUUAUAAAAAAUAAAUAAAUAAAUAAAAACUCUCGAGUUCAA